AUGGGUAGCAUAUGUACAAGCAAAAAGAUGACAAGUAUUCCAAGCAGGGCAAAGCAUCAGCAAAAGCAAGAAGUGGCCUGCACUAGGGCUCGGGGGCGGCGCCUGGCCAACGCCAUCUCCCUCGGAGGAACACCUUCAGGCGCCACCACCGCCCUGAGGAGCGCUCCUCUCACCAGCCACACGCCCCUCCUUCUUACCACACCUACCCGGCACCUCCCCAACCCACUUCCUCACUCUGGGGUGACAGACACACAUAUACCCUACCAGAAGCGCCGGCUUCUCCUCCGGCUUCUCCUCCGGCUUCCCGCACUAGUGAGGACGCUCGGGUCCCGGGCACUGGCGGGGCGGCGGCGCAGAGCACCCGACACACUGUCCCGCAGAGGCUCCCCAGCUGGUAGCCCCGAGGGCCGGCACAGCCGCAGGAGGCACCCGCGCGGAGGUCGGAGCCAAGCCCUGCGGCACUUCCGCCCUCCGGUAUCCAGCCAAGACAACCUGCAGCCGGGAAGCCCACCGCAAGUCCAGUCACUCUCGGCGCCCGGAGAUGACGUCACGAAACCCACGUGGCCCGCCACUCCGCCCUCUGAGUUGGGCCCAACCCCGCAAGGAGGGCAGCGCUUGAGCAUGCGCAGACUGAGCGGAGAGCGUGAAUGUGAGGCUAAACCUCUGGCAAGUUCAGAGCUUCUGCAGUUUCCAGAGUCCUGUGCGUUUGGCAUAGCCGUUGGUGUUUAGAGAGCUUAAGAGCAAAGAGUUUUACAAAUGCUGAGACAUCGUCUCGCUAGAGCUUGAGCGCGGCAUCCCUCUCCUGGCUUCACAGAGUGAUAGUAGUAAAAGGUUGGUUUUCAGAAUAUUUUUGAAGCCGUCCACCUCAGAAUGGGACUUGAACCCACUGGCUGGGACUCAGACCCAGUCAAGACUCAGGGUGGGACUUGAACCCACUGUGUUUUACUUAAAACCACACACCUGGUCUCAGGACUUACUGUCGGCAAUGAUUGGUAGAGAGAUUUUUGGAAAUCAAGGAGACCAGAGCAGAUCCAGCGUCUAACUAUGGCUACCAUCAUGUCAGAAGCUCUAAAUAAAACCAUAAUGCAGAUAAUUAUUUUAUCUGUGAAAUUCAGUGGUAAGCUACCUGAGGAUGAGACUUCCUGGGUCUGAUAUGUCAGGCAUCCAUGAACUCCCAAAUUUUGUCUUAGGAUAUUCCUAGAUUCAACUGACUAAUGAAGCCCUCAAUUCUGAAAUAAAGUUAAAAUUCACAACUUACUGAAAUAUUUACUACCAUAUCAAUGAACCAAAAGUUCACUUGCUUUUAACCUUGUGUAAUAAAGUAUAUACCCCUACUGUGACAUUAAAUAUAUCUUGUAAUUCAUUUACCCUAUUCUUUGUAUCUUUGAAAGGUUCAUUUUCAUUUAAUCUAUUGUCACAGCUCUAUGGCUAUUUCAUGAUGUAACAGAAUGGAAAUACAAUGCUGUACCAAUGGAAUACGACAAAAUAAUAAUGGUAGGUGUACUUAAGUCGUGGGAUUUAGAGUCAGACAGACCUUAGCUGGAGUCCAAACUCUGCCGCUUACUAAUGUGUAGCUCUGAAUAAAUUCCUCAGCUUCUCUUAGCCUCAGUUUUUGUCUCCCAAAAAUGGGAAUAAUAAAUGUGAAUACCUGCUAAAGCAGUUAGGAGGAGUAAAUAAUGUAUGUAAAAGGAGACAUAAGAGGAUUUGGGGGGAGGUGAUAGAAAUGUUCAUAUUCUAUAUCAUAAUUAUAAUGGUAGUUAACAUGACUAUGGCAUUUGUCAGAAUUCCUAGAACUGUACACCAAAAGGUAUGAAAUUUACUGAAUGUCAAGUAUACCUCUGUAAACCUGACUUAGAAAAAUAGAAUAAUAAAAAUUUUAAAUGCAUGUUAAGCAUUACACAGUGUUCGACACUAAGUAUAUAAUAAAUGAUUGUUCUAUGGGGCUAUUUCAAAAUUAUUAAAAAUUAAUUCUUCCAUUGUCACAGCAAUAAUUCUGCGCAAAGUUGUGAAAUUUCUACAUCUUGGUGCACUGAAUUGGAGAUCAAAUUCAAUAUUCCUGGAAUACCUCUUCUGCUCUUUAAAUGUCAAAGAAAAGUGCAAAAGACAGUCAAAGCCUGUGUUCACCUGUGGUGCUGAUUAUUUUCACUUUACAAAGAUUAUUAAACUCCACUGAAGGUCCAUUCUAUGGCAUGCAGAGUGGUAUAAGGAUGAUACAGGCAUUCUUCCAACUUAAAUACUUUAUUCAUUCAUUCAUUCCAAAAAUAUUUAUUGAACAGCUAUUAUGUGUCAAGCACCUGCUACAUCCUGAAAAUGCAUUUGGGGCUGGGAGGAGGGGAAACAAUCACUAUCCUUGUGAAACAGUCUCGUGGGAGAAGUGAACUUUAACCCAAUAAUUACCCAAAUAAAUAUUAAAGUCUCAAAAAUAGAUAUACAAAUGGGCCCCUGGCUUGGAAGCAUUCACACCAAAGAAUAGCUGACCUGAAAUUCAGCAGAGAUGAAAACAAACCAAGAGUUUUCUUUUUAAUGGUACAAGGGAUGUGGCAAAUAAAAAAAAGUGAAAGGUACAAUCCUUAUGGCAGAGGAUGUCUUUCUGGGAGGGAUUCUCAGUUUUGUAUUGAAAGCAUGUAGUCUGUGUACAGUUGGGGAUAUUUGUAUGGGUUUAUAUGAGAUGAUAGUAGUGUCUCAAUGGUGAAUUUUCUGAGUUGUGGUAGUUACAUUGUGGUUAUGUGGGAAAUUAUCCUUGUACUUAGUAGCACACAUGUUGAAGUAUUUAUAGAUGAAAUAUCUUGAUGUUCACAUGCUAUUUUCAAAUAACUCAACAAAAAUAAUGCCGAAUAAAGAUGAUUAAAAAAAAAAAAGAAAUGAACUUAU